AUGGUUUCGUCUAUUGUCGCUCUAGGUAUUGGCCUUGGAGCUGGCCUUGGAGUUGGACUUCACCACAACCAGGGCUCUGGAAGCAUCGCUACAUCGACAGCAACAGUAUCCGCAGCGCCAGCAGCUACAGCUACAGCCACAUCUACAUCUACGUCAAAUGGUACAUUCUGGCAACCCACAGCCGGCACAACCUGGCAAAUCGAGCUCCUGUACAAGCUCAACGACACCUCCAUCGACGUCCAAGUUUACGACAUCGACCUGUUCGACACGCAAGCCGACCAGAUCUCAUCUUUGCAAGCAGCCGGCCGAAAAGUAAUCUGCUACUUCUCAGCAGGUAGCUGGGAAAAUUGGCGUCCUGACGCGGACCAAUUCAAUUCCAGCGAUCUGGGCGGCGACUUGAAUGGUUGGCCGGGCGAGAAAUGGCUCAACAUCAGUUCGUCAAGCGUGCGCAAUAUCAUGGUUAACAGACUCCACAUUGCGCAACAAAAAGGGUGCAAUGGCGUUGAUCCAGAUAACGUGGAUGGAUAUUCCAACUCCGAGAAUGCGUUGGGACUGACGCAGCAGGAUUCAAUUGACUAUGUCAAUUUCCUUGCCUCGGAAGCCCAUGCUCGCAACAUGUCGAUUGGACUCAAAAAUGCGGGUGAUAUUAUCGAUUCUGUGAUAGACAAUAUGCAGUGGUCUGUUAAUGAGCAGUGCGCCCAGUAUGGGGAGUGCAAGAAGUUCACCCCGUUCACGGAUGCCAAUAAGCCUGUUUUUCAUAUUGAGUAUCCCAAGGGCGUUGAUACGAACAAUGCAAAUCAUGUUACGAGUGCGCAAAAGCAGGCCGCGUGUGUGUUUGAGGGGUCCGGGAAGUUUUCCACCGUUAUCAAGAAUAUGGAUUUAGAUAAUUGGGUGGAGUUUUGUUCAUGA